GUGACCUGUGUUGUGUCAGCGUCUCGUGUCAGCAAGACAUGCCUUCGUCGACACACCAUGCCCAAGACUCCACUAUUUUACAGACUAGCUGCACCAAGUACUUUAUGGAACGUGGAGAUGGCAUGCAGAAACGCAUACUGGAGAACCAUUUUGCAGGUUACGACGCCUCUGGAGACAUUCAUGACACAACGACAGGUGUCCGCCCUCCCAUAUCACCUCCUCAACAUGUGGUUCCACAACGAUGUCCGUCCCCGGAUCCACUACUAUCCGACCCUAAUAACAGCAUGCGGACCAGUGUGUCCUUAUGGAGGAUUUAUACUCACGUGAAGCGUCACUCCAACAUGUUUGUCUUAUGGACGCAAACAGCCAGUCUAGAUGACGAAGACACCGGGCUGAGCGCAGAAACCGUCGCACGGCUCAAAUUCCCACUGCAGUUCAUGCCUUCGCUUGAGGGGGAUCACCACUGCCGCCGUCAAGCUCUACCUUCCACAUUCAGCUUCAGACAAGGAUGCGCAAGAUAAUCAUCGAGCUUCACGGUUGGGCGCCGGCAUGCAGUGCUAUGUCUCGCAAUGUUGUCGACAUUUUUCGAAAUGGCUGGAUACAAGGCAUACAAUCACGCAUAUCGUUCAAACCAG